CAGGCUCCGAGGAGGCAGAGGCUGUUGCUGUUGCUGCUGCUGCGCCGCUAUGGAAGACAGCCUGGUUCGCGCCCUCGGGGGCCUGAGCCUCCAGCAGCCCCGCCGUGCCCAAGGCAGGUCCACCGCUCGCCAUUUCAGCAAACGCCUCUUCUUGCUCCGCGGCCUGCCCGGGUCCGGGAAAAGUACUCUGGCCAGGCAACUGAAACGUGAAUUUCCUAAUGCAGCCAUUUUUAGCACUGAUGAGUAUUUCAUCACAGAGGAUGGCACCUAUGAGUUUAAUCCUGAUUGUUUGGGAGAGGCACAUAAGUGGAACCAGGAAAGAGCACGUAAAGCAAUGAAGAAUGGGAAAUCGCCAGUUAUUAUUGAUAAUACCAACAUCCACGCUUGGGAAAUGAAGCCAUAUGUGAUAAUGGCACUUGAAAACAGAUAUGAAGUUAUAUUUCGAGAGCCAGAUACACGUUGGAAGUUCCACGUUCGCGAACUAGCCAGACUUAAUCAUCAUGGUGUUCCACGUGAGAAGAUACAAUGGAUGAAAGACCAGUAUGAGCAUGAUGUUACCUUCCAUACAGUGCUUCAUUCUGAAGAACCAGCCAGAUACUGCAAUUCUGGACGUUAUUCUCACCUGAAUUCAACUUUUCCCAACAACAGAACUAAUAGGUCAAAAAACUGAAGAGAUUUUAGUGCGAUUUUAUAGAGGUUUUAUAAAUUUGUAUAUUUUGUUUUGUAUUCUUAGCAAUUUUCUAUUUUUCUACUGAACUAAAGUAGGUCUUAAGCCAUUUAAACUUGCUGAUGUCCCACAAUGCUUGAAGACUUUUAAGAAAAUUAUAGGAGAAAUGGUUUAAGCAUAAACCAUAAUCUCACUGUUGCUUUUUCACAAUUCUAGUUUAUUCUUUUCUGCAGCCAUUUUCAUACUAGGCCUUAAAUUCACAAAAAAAAUUUACAGGGUGGCUCUGUUUAAGAGUACAUAUGCAUGCCAAGGACCAUAUUAACUGUUAGCAUUAAAAUGCUAGCUAUAGUACAUGAGACAGCAUUUCCCAAAUCGUCAUACAUUUAAGAACAGCAAUUCUGCGGUACUCUCCAGCAGCAGCCAUAAAUGUGUUGGAUUUCUCACCGAGGCCAGAGAUAGCAUUCCAGUCCUGGAAUAUGCAAUCCAGUGACAGAAACUUUUUCUUCUUGUCCUUUUACCAGCAUCCAAGUCUGACUGUGUUCAGCACGUCAGAAGUCUGAGCCUUCAAGAGGACCAGAACUAGGCGUUUUACAGAUGGGUGGGGGCAAAGCUUUUGAUCUGCAGUAUAUAAUGGAAUGUGAGAAUAACCUUGGAAGACAGGGAUGCUGCCUAGGGAAACUUUUGAUAAGAGAGGGAGGAGUCUGCAACUGAGUAAUAGGAAGAGAAACUUAGAAAGGAUCUGCCCUAACUGGUUAGGUGGUAAAUAGGGACGAUGGGAGAUUUCUUUCAGACUUGCAACAUUCUGUUAAUGUAGCCUAACAAUAAAGGAGAGGUAGCAUAUCUGGUCGUGUUUCCUGUCUGGUUUACAUGGGAGGGCUGACACAGAAUCAGGCAACCUGCUGCUGCCCCCAAAACUAGUGUAGAUUUGUGACAUUCCCUAGAACUAGUACAGGUAAAUUGUAAUUAUUAAAUAUUGUACAAAUGAUAAGAUCUUGUUUCCUAAGUCCAAUAGAUCCCUAUUUGCUCAGCCUAUUUUUGAAUUCCUGGCUCUGAUGAUUUUAUAAAUCUGCGAAUAAUUUCCCAGCAUAUAAACUGUACAGAGCAAAGGCACAGCCUCCAAUUUUUAUUUUUUCUCCACAAAAAUUGUAUGGUCUUCUCUCUAUGAAACAAGCAAGAUGCAUCUCAACUUUCCUAUUAAGCAAUUAAUACUUAGAUGUGAGUCAGAAACCACCAUGAAUGUUAAAAACUAGAUACUGAUUAAAAACAAAUAUUGAAAUGGUUACAGCUGCUUUGUUAAUAUUCAGUGCCAACACUGGGUUUACAUACAAUGCUAGACAAUGGUUUGUUCAACUACAGUUGGGUUAACAUUCCAUAGUUUACUAACCAUAAUGAUUGGGUUAGACCAACAAACAAACUAAAACCAGCCACUUUGUGACAUAAUGUAAUAUGUACUCAGCUUACAUGAGGUUUAUGCCAUCCUCUCUACUCAUUUAGGCUAUCCUGCUUAUCCUUACAUGCCCAGUUGUGGCUUCUAUAUAUUAGCCCACCAGAUAUUUUUGUGCCCAUACCCUAGAUAACUGAUUGUGCUGCCUGAGUUCAACGUUCAGGUGGUGGAAGUUUCAAGAAAUGUAAACAGACCAACAUCUUGUUUUAACUUUUCUUUCAGUGCUGUUUACUUCAGUUGUCUUACUCUAUGGAUUUUUCUUUAAUUUGUCAGAUUGAACCACUGUACAGUAUUUUCAUUCCUGUUCAUAGAAUAAGAGUGUUUUACUUGUGAAAAGUUUCUUUUUUACUUUCUGUUUUUAGCAUAAACUGGAUUUUUUUCCUCUUGAACUAAUUUCUAUUAAUUCUUCAAAAAUCAGCCAGAAUAUUCUAUAAUUUUUUUUAAAUGUUCAUUGUAUUUUAAGGAGAUUAACCUAGCAACAGGUUGCACUUCUAGGCACUCCUAAGCUCACUGAAAUUUGUGAAGCUUAAGGGCCACAGCAUCAGCUACCAUACUAUUAAGAUGAUAUAAUUAAGUAUGCCCAGGAGUUCAACAUAUAGUUUGCAAUACAUUUAAGUCUUAUUACAGAUGCUAUGUAGUUUUAUUUUGAAAUUUUGGCUACCCUAAGUAAACAUAAAUGUAUAUAUAUAUAAUGAUCACUGUAUUCAUACUUGGACACUGCUCACUGUAAUAGUUUUGUACUAGUUUAAAGAUAGUUUAGUGUUCAGGGACAUAUUCUUCAUUAGGAUUUCUAGUAGAGAUCACUGCAACAGCAGCAGCAGCAGCAGCAAUAAUAAUAAUGUGUCUCAUUGCCAAAUUCAAUUCCUUACAACAAAGAAUUUAUUUACCUGCAUUUAUUUUCCCAGUGUUCAGGUGGAAGGACCCCUGAAAAUAAUACUUGUGAAAUAAGUUAUAGAUCAGGUGAUACUGUCCUUAUUUGCAAAUAUUAAAGGAUAAGAGAUAAUUCCUUUGUUAGGGAAGGAAGAUAUUUGAUGCUAUUUUAAUAGUCAAAUUCAAUAGACAACCAUAGGCCUAUUUGUAUAAUUUUGGGCACUUGUCCCUUCAACGACCUCUGAUACAUAUUACAGUGUUUAGAACAGAACUUUAGACAGCAUCUUUAAAUAUGGAGAGAAAAAUAAGAAAAAUCCUUUUCUGCAACCUUUUUAUCUACUCUUUGUGUUUAGCCAUUUGUUCAAAAGCUAAUUCUGAUAUAAGCUGCAUUGAGUAUUUGGAAAACAUUAAAUAAAUACUAUGAAAUUUGAGAUAAAAAUGUGAAACUAGUAACUUCUGACCCAGAAAUGUACCUCUGGCUUAUAUUUCAGGAAUUUGCAACAGUUAUUCUUACUGAAAUGUCUUGAAGGGCUUGUUUUGAACUAAAAUGUGUAAUCAUAAACAAACCUAUACAAACAUUUAUAACAUUCAGUUUCAAAAAGUAAUUUAAAUAUUAAAAUACAAACUAUAUUAACAGUGA